AGAAUCCUGAAUCUCACACUGGAGAUUAUCUAUCUGCUGACUGGAGAGGGCUACGUCAUCCCUAAGAAGAAGAGCCCAACUGUGGGUUUGGGGGCCCUGCAUGCCCCUGGCUCCGUCAUACAGAAGGAAAAUGACAAGAAGAUCCUGGAACUCAUCUCCAACAUCAUCCAGCUGCUGACUGGAGAGGAGCCGGAGAAUUUGAAUAAAGACAGUGUCCUCAGCAAAGAAGAGAUAAAGGUGGAGGAGGAGGAGCCCCAGCAGCUCCGCCCACUGGCCUGUGAGUAUAAAGAUGGGAGCGAUGUUACAGCACAUACGGAAGCAACUUUAUGUUGUAAUAAUGAUGGGAAUCUCACAAACCCUGAUGUUUCUCCAGCGGAACAGCCCCCACCGGCCAAUGGGAUUAAAGAGGAGGCGGCUUCAUGGGAAGAGGGAAACCAAUCAGAUUGCAGCAUUAAUCCCCUUACAGAACAGAUACAGGGAACAGACACACCUACUCCUAUCAUGGGGUGCAGCCUGAAUAUAUCGGAGGGUAUUAAAGAGGAACCGGCUUCCUGCAAAGAGGAAAACCAAUCAGAAUAUAAUAUUAUUACAGUUUCAGAACCAGUACGGCGAAACGAUAUCAUGGGGUGCAGCCUGAAUAACAGCUCGGCAGAGGAUUAUAUAUCAGUUGUUGUUAAAGAGGAACCGGCCUCAGCUGAAGAAGAUAACCAUUUUGCAGACCAAAUACAAUUAAUAGAUAAGUCGACUGUCAUGGGGUGGAGCCUGGAUUACAGCUCGGCAGAUAAUUAUAUAUCAUAUGACAAUAAAGAGAAGGCAGCUUCAUGGGAAGGGGGAAACCAAUCAGAUUGCAGCAUUAAUCCUCUUACAGAACAGAUACAGGGAACAGACACGCCUACUCCUAUCAUGGGGUGCAGCCUGAAUAACAGCCCUAUAAAAAUGAAGGGUAAUAAAUAUAAUGAAAAUGUGACUAGCUCCCCCCAUAAAUCUCACAUAGCAAAAAAUCCAUCCAGCCACAAUGAGCGAAGCUUUGAUACCCCUCAAGGAAUCCAAACAGGAGAGAAACGAUUCCCUUGUUCUGAGUGUGGGAAAUGUUUUGCUUCCCAAAAAUAUCUUAGUUUCCAUUCGAGAAUCCACACAGAACAGAAACCUUAUUCCUGCCAUGAAUGUGGGAAAAGUUUUUCGAGCCAAUUGAGCCUUGAUCGUCAUCACAGAACCCACACAGGGGAGAAACGAUUCUUUUGUUCUGAAUGUAGGAAAUAUUUUGCAAACUCAUCACUUCUAAGAGUCCAUGAACAACGAACCCACACAGGGGAGAAACCAUUUUCUUGUUCCGAAUGUGGGAAAUGUUUUAUUAAUGAAUCAGAACUCACUGUCCAUCGACGGCGAACCCACACAGGGGAGAAGCCAUUUGUAUGUUCUGAUUGUGGGAAAUGUUUUCUCAGCUCAUCAAACCUUACUGUUCAUUACAGAACUCACACAGGGGAGAAACCUUAUCCCUGUUCUUAUUGUGGGAAACGUUUUGCCACUUCAUCAGCCGUCUUUUCCCAUCGACAAAGAAUUCACAUUGGGGAGAAACCAUUUUCCUGUUCCGAAUGUGGGAGAUCUUUUAUGAAGCCAUCAGAACUCACUGUCCAUCAGAGAAUUCACACAGGGGAGAAACCUUUUUCCUGUUCUGAGUGUGGGAAAUGUUUUGCACGUAAGGGCAGCCUUAAAACACAUGUUUUUGAAAUUCACACAGAGGGAAAACCAUAGGCUCGUUGUCAUUGUGUAAAACAUUUUUCUCACAUAGUUUAUAUCCUAUUCAUUUUCAAAAUAUUUGGCAACUUUGACAAAUAUAAAGAGGCUGUUUAUGAACGUU